AUGCAAGGCAGCGCCGGCAGCUAUGUCGCAUGUUCUGAGAAGAGGAUGAGUAGGAGGCAGCACUGCCGGAAGGUGCAGGGCAGUGCCGGCAGCUAUGUUGGAUGUUCCGAGAAGAGGAGAAGUAGAAGGCAGCACGCUGGAAGAUGCAAGGCAGCGCCGACAGCUAUGUCGCAUGUUCUGAGAAGAGGAUAA